AGUCACCCAUCGUGUCUUGUGGUAACUAAAAAUGGCGCCGUCCAGUUGAAAAAAAAAAUGGUUUCGGUCGUCGUUUGAUAGUUUUUACCCAGAAUCUCUCCUGGUAAAGCUUCAAAUUUCGAGUUGUUGACGGAAUUUAAGACUUACUGUAACCAGGAGUUAAUAGCACCAUGUCAGACUUCCCAGAAAGGGACGUGAAGGAAUUUUCCUUUCGCCAGAUGAGUAAACUGCGAGUGAGUGACCAGCCCUUCCCUGAUGACACCAGUAGUGUGGGCCGGUACAAUCUGAUAGCUGUCUCCAACAUAUAUGGGAUAACCUAUGUCGGGUGCCCAACAGAUCUUAAGGUUAUCCAGACAGCCGAAAUGGGAAAGAUUCACCACAGCAACACAUCAGGAGACAUCAACACCAUCGUUGACAGCCUGCCUAUGAAGCGGAUCUCAAUCCCCUGUAUCCACCACCUGGGUCUGAGCUGUGAUGAACUGACACUGUCUGUCUGUUACACCAGAGAAGAUGGCCUGGCACUGGUCAUGUUCGACACCAGGGCUUUCCUUAGCAAUGAUCCUAAGCCUCCCUUCUGUAAGACAAAGCUGUCCACGAACAAGGGUGUGACUGUAGCGGAUGUGAAGUGGAAUCCUGCCCACCCUAACAUGCUGGCGUGCCUGCGGUCAGAUGGAACACUGGUCAUAUUGGAGGUCACCGACAAUAACAGCAUGAAAAUGAUGGCAAAUUUUGACAACACCAAAGGCAUCACUGCAAUUUGCUGGAGUCCCAAGGGAAAACAGCUAGUAGCAGGCAGACAGGAUGGAUCAUUUGCACAGUUCACAGCUGUAUUGCAAGAGAAGAAAUCUGUGCCAAAGCCAGACAUUUUUGGAGACAGCAAAGCACAAGUGAAUGAUAUCCUGUGGCUGUCAACCUAUGUGUUUGUGGUGCUGUAUGAUGUCAUCACAGACGAUGCUUCCCAACCCAGCCUGGUUGUGGUGUCCCUGCCGAAAAAAGACGAGCAGCGUCCAACCAACUUCACAAACUUUGAGGAGAUCUGUUUUGGUGGUGGGGAGGACAGAGACCUGAAGUACUUUCUGCACCACGUGGAUGAAUGGGGACUUGUGGUAUGUGCUUCCAGUAGGUCCAUGGAAGCAGCAGUGAUUGGCAAGAAUCUUGAAGACAAGAAUGUGUGGGAACUGUGGAACCUGGAUGAUGCUGCCAGGGCAGAGCUUCCCCUGUCCACCAAUCACGAUGAGACCUACCCCAUGGGCAUGGCUGUGGACCUCACAUCAACCAAUCAUAUCCCUAUUGGUGAGAAUCAGAGCCUCCCGCCGAUGCCCAUCUUCAUGCUUCUAUCCACCGACGGCCUGCUGUGUCCAUUCUACAUGGUUAACACAGCUCCGCCCCAGCCACUGACCAUCAUCAAGCCUCCCACUACCCUGUCUGCACAGGGUGAAAGGCAAGGUCCAGCUCAAGCUGCAUCCCCUGCAGCUGCAGCAAAGCCUGUAGCACCUGUAGCUGUCCAGCAGCCGCAGCCAGCUACAGCAGGGAAGGAGAACACUGCCCCCCUCCCCAAACCAGCGGCAGUCCCUGCCUCCACAACCUUCAGCUUCACCCAACCACAAGCACCACCAGCUGCAGCUCCAACCAGUUCCCUGUUCACUGCUCCAACAUCCACCCCAAAAAUGGGGCUACAAACCACUCCUUCUACUACUUCUGGAGGUUUGUCUCUCUUUGGCAGUGCCGCCAGCUCUGCCGCCCCAAAAUUUGGUUUGCCCGGCGCCUCCACUACUACUUCAACUGGAGGUUUAACUAUAGGAGGAAAUUCCAGUGCUGGGUUUAAGUUUGCUUUACCUGGCGGACAACAGGCUGGCUCUAGUUCUGCCUUUUCCUUCUCACUACCAGGUUCCUCCCAGCCAGGUACCACAGGUGGUACCAGCAGCCAGGGGUUCUCCUUCGCAGCACCUGGUACUACCCAGCCCACGGCGGCACCCACAGGGCCUGGUGCUAGCGCCUUCUCCAUGGCUGCACCAGCAGGUGUGAGUGUGAAACCUGCUGCUGUCACCUCCACUACUGCUGUACCUGCUCCUGGUACCACUGGUGCUACAGGACUGUUCUCCAUGCCUGCAUCUACUACAGUGUCUAGCAUUGCCCCAGCAGCACCCAAGACAACAGGUUUUGGUUUUGGUGCCCCCAGUGCUGGUCAGGCCUUCAGCUUCAGACCAGGCACUACUACUGCACAGCCUGGCAUGCCACAAUCUGUAUCAAAACCAGCCGUACAACCACAACAGUCUGGUUCUGUACAGCCAGGCUCUAAGCCUCCAUCUAUGGUACAGGCAUCCACCCUACAGCCAGGCAAUGGUCCGACCCAGGUGGUCAAACCUAGUGCCCAGCAGGCCAAGCCGGUUGCUGUCACCCAGCCAGCCCCAUCCCAGCCACAACCACCACCAUACAGACCACCUGUGACCCAACCAGCUGCAGCUGUCCCUGCCAGGCCUGCACAGCCACCUGCAGAGGAACCAGGUGCUGUUGUGGAGGAAGACACGUUUUCUGCAAGCAUCUUGGAUGAGAUUUCUCACUUUGAGAGUGAAGUGGCCAACCUUCGAGAGGCAGCAGCAAAGACCGACUGGAAAGUUGGGCAUCCUGACGAGCUGAGGAAACUGAAGGAGGAGACCCAGCAGAUAGGAAGGUUCUGUGAUGAGAUCAAGGACACAACCCAGUCUAUCCACAACGACAUCCAUGACCUGCGUACGCAGACACUGGAAACCUUUGCGAUGCUCGAGGAGGGGAAGUCUCGCAACGACAGAAACAAGGAACCAUACUACCACCAGCUGCUGCGCUCACAGGCCCUGGACCCAGCCAGUGCUAACAAGAUGAAGGAGGUUCGACAGAUGUACCACUAUGUGGACACCACCAUCAGGGAUGUUAACAACAUGCUAGAUGAUGAGUGGGACAAGUUCAAACAGCAGAAGUCACAGAAGUCUGGUAAGCUGAAGAGCCCUGCGCUGGACGUGGUGUACCGUGCCGUCUCCAAUCAUGACAAAAUCCUGCAUGACCAGUCCCAGCACAUCAGGAAGCUGUCUGAGCAGCUGAAGAAGAUGCGUCUGUACAACACCACAUCCAGCUGGACCAACAGGCCUGUAGCACGCAGCACCACCAAAACGGACACAGAGCUGUCUGCCUUAGCCGAUACCCUGUUACAUCCAAGGCAGGACACCACACCUGAGAGACAGAAGAAGUCUUCUUCUGCCUCCCCCAUGUCAUCCAAGAAGCAGUCCCAGCUACGGGAGCUCCUGGGGAAGAGACAGGUCACACCUGUGCGCUCCACCACACCAGCAUCAGUGUCCCAGUCCAGGCUGAUCUCUCCCCAGCGCAUGUAUCGUGCCUCCCCCAGGCCUGCAUCCUCCACCCCCAGGGGUAGGGAAGGAGAUGGUCUACCGACCCCACCACCCCCAAAGAUUGAGUCUCCUCCAUUGGAAACACCAGCAGGAUCAACUGCACAGUCGAGGGUAAAGACAGUUCUACAGUUCUCACCACCUGCAGAGGAACAGCCGCUGCCAUUGGACAGGUCCCAGCCAGUUCCCAUGACAACCAAGCCACCUGAACCAGCUGCCACUAAGCCAGUUCCCAGCCCAUCAUCAGGGUUUGCACCGGUGCCAUUUUCCCAGGGGGCAACAGUACUGAAGGGGCCAUCUGCGCUUACGCCAAAGGAAGCUGCAGCUGCUGCUGCCAUGAGUCGUGUGGGCGCAGCCAAUCAGCAGUCAGCUGCAUUUGGAUCAUCCAAUCAGAAACCAGCAGCAUUUGGAUUAGCCAAUCAGCAGCCAACAGGAUUUGGAUCAAUCAGUCAAGCACCUGCAACUUCAAGUGUUGGUGUAGCCAUCUCUCAACCAGCAUCAUUUGGAUCAUCCAAUCAGAAACCAGCAUUAUUUGGAUCAACCAAUCAGCAGACAGCAGGAUUUGGAUCAGCCAUUCAGCAAGCAGCAGUGUCCAGCACAUCCAAUCAGCAGCCACUAAGAUUUGGAGCAACCAGUCAGCAGUCAGUAUUACCUGACUUAACCAAUCAGUACCCAGCAGGGCUUGGGCUGGCCAAUCAGCUGGAGGCUGAAGAUGAUUUGAAUGAUGAUGGGGGUUCUACUGAGGAUGUGGCUCCUCCAGUCGUGAACAUCAAAGAUGUGGCCAAUCUGAAACCAGUUUCAACCGGUGUGACAACAGCCAUGGUGUCAGACAGUGUUAACCGAAAUGCCUUGGAAGCUGCUCAGAAGAUUCUGCAGUCAGCAACAGCUACAUCCAAACCAGCAACUACCACUGCAGCCAUGUCAGUGCCACUGUCUACAUCAGGCUUCAGUUUUGCCACACCAGGCCAGCAGCCUGCAUUCGGCCAGCCUGCAAACUUUGGGAACCUGUCAACAGCGCCCUCUACCACAGCUCCACAGACCAGCAGCACAUCCAUGGGGUCCUUUGUGAUUGGCCAAGGCCUGUCUGGUUCCUUCUCAUUCAAGCCAGCGGUCACAGCCACCCUCUCCUCAGCAACACAGGCAACACAGGCUCAACCAAAGCCAGUUGAGACAAAGCCAACAUCAAGCUUCAGUUUCUCUGCCCCCACUGGUCUGUCAGGCCUGAGUUUUGGACAGGGCACUUCAUCUUUUGGGUUUGGAGCCUUGAGUGCUGCCAGCACAACUUCUACAGCAGCAGGAGCAACAACAGAUGGAUCCCUACUUGCCAAGACACUGGCAGAGAAACCUCAGGAUGUGAAGCCUCCUGGGAGUGAACAACCAUCAGCAUCUGGGGUAGAGGACAUCACCCCACCACCCACUCCUGAGGAAACUCCUACCUCCUCUACCCAAGUCGCUGAUGUACCAGCUGCACCAAAGCCCUCCUUUGACUUUUCUAAGAAUCAGACUGAAGCUGAUACUAUCCAACCUGGAGGCUUCUUCCUAAGCCCCAAAUCUGACACACCACCCCCUGAGCCUCCAGCACUUUCCAUUACAAGCUCACAGACUGCCCCUACCCCCACCCCUGCCACGGUGGUAGAGUCCAAACCGACAGCUACAGCAACCACCACGUCCUUAUUUGGGCAGAGUACCACAUCCUCUGGGUUUGGGUUUGGCCUGAACACCCCCAGUGGUUUCUCUGCCCUGAAACCUGGGACUUCUUCUGGGUUCUCCUUUGCAAGUCCAGCUUCUUCAACAGCUGCUAGUGGUUUUAGUUUCACCCUACCAAAGACAACAGCUGCUGACAAAGGUGCCAGUUCUACAGCUGCCAGUGGUUUUUCUUUCACCCUACCCAAGACAACAGCUGCUGAUACAACAGGAGGCCCAAGUGCUGGAACUGCCAGUGGAUUUGUUUUUGCCCAACCAAAGUCCACAGCCUCUGAUAAAACAACUCUUACAGCUGUUACUAGUGCCAGUACAACUGUUGCCAGUGGCUACACCACUGCCUCUCCAACAAGAACAACAACAGCGGGUACCAUUACAACAACUGCAGCUGGCUCAACAGACAGCGCAACAACAACAGCUGCACCUGUCCAGCCCAGCACUACAGCACCUGUGGAUCUCACUACACCUGCUAGCGCCCAGCCUGUAGCAGCUACAACCACUACUCCUGCUGCUACAACAUCAGAACAACCCGCUACAACAGCCACCACUACCACAGUUUCCCUCUUUGGCCCGACCACCACCAACGCAACUACUGCAGGUUUUGGGUCUGCGGCACAAACCACUGCAGCUAGUGGAGGGUUCCUGUUUGGUCAACAGACCACAGGAGGCUCAACACCAGCAUUUGGGCAGCCCACUACAACUGCCACAGGCACCUCAGGCUUUGGAGCAGCGUCCACUACAGCUGGGUCAUCCCUGUUUGCCUCAACGUCUGGCUCCAGCGGCAGUCUGUUUGGUCAGCCUGCAGCCACCACCACUACAACCAGCACAUCGUCCUUCUUUGGACAACCUGCGACAGCUGGUAGUAGUGGGUUUGGGCAGUCCAGUAGCUCAGGGUUUGGGUUUGGGCAAACACCAACAUCAGGGGGUCUGUUUGGAACAGCAACGUCAUCAACAGCCAAUACAGGUGGACUGUUUGGACAGACAUCCACCACGCCCACAGGAGGCCUCUUCGGCCAAUCAGCAUUCGGAAGCAGCACCACCACAUCCUCCAGUGGAGGAGGCUUGUUUGGCUCCUCUUCCACUACUUCCACCAGUACAGGGUUGUUUGGAGGGGGGAGCACAGCAAGCACAGGGGGGUUCUUCAGUGGGCUGGGAGCCAAGCCUAGUGCAGAGGCUGCUAGUAAAAACCCGUUUGGUGGCUCUACUUCAUUUGGCACACCUUCUACAUCAGCAGCAUCCAGCCUGUUUGGUGCCUCACCUGGAACCAAAGCAGUUGGGAGUACUGGGUUUGGGACGGCCAGCAGUGGAGGGUUUGGGUCCCCCACAUCAGGAGGCUUCAGUGCAGGAGGGAGUGUUGCACAGCAGGGAUUUGGAGCGUUUUCCCAGCCUAGUCAACCACAAGCUCCAGCUGCUUCCUCUGGAUUUGGAAGCCCGCCAAGUUUUGGUUCUACUCCAGCGUUUGGUGGAAGCCCAGGUUUUGGCAGCACAGCAGCAUUCUCCAACCCCCUUGGCACAUCUUCACAGGUGUUUGGGUCCACCCCAACCGGUGGUGGGGCAUUUUCACAGUCUUCUUCUGCUGCCCCUAGCUUUGCAGCUAAUGAUGCUCCAACCUUCGGAGGCAUCGCGGCCCAGAGCAGCGGCGCCCCGACGUUCGGAGGUCUAGCCCAGGGGUCUCCUGGGUUUGGGGGAGGAGGAGGAGGGUUUGGGAGUCCUGCUGGUGGAUUCGGUACUGCUGCAGUGUUCCAGCAGCAGCCGCAGCAGCAGCAGCCGCAGCCAGGUUUUGGCAGCAGCUCUGGCGGUUUUGGACAGAGUGCACCCAGCUCACAGUCUUCAGCCUUUUCAUCCUGGAGGUGAUUUUCAAUAGGAACAAGGAACUGAUGCAGAGAAUCAUGAUGAAGAACAAUACAGUUUAUAUACAAGUGUUUGUGCUAAAUAAAGCCUACUGUUGGAACCAGUGUGCUGUCUAGAAUUAAUGGCCUGUAAUUCACAUGAUAGUUGCAAAGAAGUUAGGGCUAGGUUUAAAAGGCUUUGUUAUAGAAUGGCUCUCUUUCAACAACUGAUGUCAUCAAGAUGACCUAUGGUCUUCAAUAACAGGCAUAGUCACAUUAUUUUGUCCACAUCAUCUUUGUGCACUACUAUCAAUACUGGAUAUGGGACACUUGGCAGUUUAUCAUCAUCAUCAUCUUAUGAAUUUUAUGAGUAUGAUAAUAAGUUUAUGAAUAUGGUAAUAAUUGCAAGUAUCGGCUGUAUUCUCAUUUACUGGUACUCACAGGGAUGAGACGAAUACACAUACAUGUAGAUGCAUUUAUUCUGUAGGACUUGCACAUAUAUUGUAGAGAACAGUUUCUAGAGGGUAUCAAAAAAGUUUGGAAUGUUUAAGUGUGUUGUCAACCAAACACAACGAGUGCACAUUGUUUUAGCUAGCCAGCAUCUGAUUGAGUCUCUGCAUUAUGCCAAAAUCUUUUAUGGAAGGACAGGUAAUAACAACUUUAUGAUUUGUAGCAUUAUUUCAUAGACAUUUGUAUCUUUAUCAACAGUGAUAUGCUUGGGAUAUUUAAGGUCCUGGCAGAAAUAUUACAAUUGUCAAGAAUAAAGCUAUUGUACUCUUUCAAAA